AUAUAUCACAUGUUGCAAAAACGAUAAAAUGAUUUUGAAUUGGGGGAGUUGUGUAAACAAACUAAGGGAAAAAUGAAGGAGUGGGAAGGAGCAGAGAGAGAGAGAGAGGCGUUAUUCCAGGAAACAUCUAUUCCAGUGUGUCCCCUUGGUUAUAAUUUAAUUUAAUUUUGGGUUAAAGAGAUGAAAUAGAGAUAUCCAGAAGAGCCGCAUUUUAAAUCGCUUUUGAGGGUCUCCGAUUCCGACAAGUUCAGAAUUUUUAAUCGAAUCUUAGGUUUUGUCCCCAGAAGAAUUUUUGGGGAUGAAUUUGGGGGAGUUGAACAAUAAUAAGGUGUGGGAGAUUAAAGCGUUGAAGAAGAAAGCCAGGGAAGAAGAAGCGAGGAAGAUUCUGGAGAAAGUGGCGAAUCAGGUUCAGCCCAUCAUGACUCGACGCAAAUGGCGUGUCAAGCUUCUCUCUGAGUUCUGCCCGACAAAUCCUAGGCUUUUGGGGGUGAAUGUUAAUAGAGGCGUUCACGUGAAAUUGAGGCUUCGGAGGGUAAACCACGAUGCAGACUUCUUAUCAUAUCACCAAGUUCUUGACACUAUGCUCCACGAGCUUUGCCACAACGCCCAUGGCCCUCACAACGCCAGUUUCUAUAAGCUUUGGGAUGAACUUCGAAAGGAAUGUGAGGAGUUGAUGUCAAAGGGUAUCACGGGGACAGGCCAAGGAUUUGAUGUUCCUGGCAAGCGUUUGGGUGGCUUUUCUCGUCAGCCUCCCCUCUCUUCUCUUCGCGCAACGGCAGCUACAGCAGCAGAGAAAAGAGUGCGUGCGGGUAAUCUCUUACCCUCAGGACCUCAACGUCUUGGUGGUGACAGCAGCAUUAUGUCACAUCUUAGCCCCAUCCAGGCUGCUGCAAUGUCUGCUGAAAGGCGUUUCCUUGAUGACCUUUGGUGUGGUUCCCAAUCCGCAGAGGCUUUAGAAGACCAAGAGAAUGAUAGUCACGCAUGUGCGGAACCUUUUACGAGCUUGAAUGCAAGGCCAGCAAAAAGAAGCAGUAGCUGCUCAAAUGCCACCAAUUCAUUCCCUCCAUCUUCAAGUCAUCAGUGGGGAUCAGAUGUCAUUGAUUUAACAGAGGAAGCUUCUGAAACAAGAUGUAGUAAAAGAAGUUGCAGCCCAGGCGAUCAAGUUCCUUCGUCUUCCUCCAAAGAUGAACCAAUAUCUGGUGUUAUGAAAUCAUCAGAAACUUCACCAUCCACCAGUUACAAUGAAAACCAAGGCAGAGAAGAACCUGCAAUGUGGCAGUGUGCAGAAUGCACCUUAUUGAACCCGUUGUUGGCUCCGAUAUGCGAGCUAUGCACUGCGGCAAAGCCAAAGGAAAGGGAGAUGAAGCACAAAGUCUGGUCUUGCAAGUUCUGCACGCUUGAAAACGAGGUGAAGCUGGAGAAAUGUGAGGCUUGUGGUCAAUGGAGAUACUCGUAUGGACAACCAUUGUCGACUCGUGCUCCUAAUGUCGGCACUUGAGGGAAGUUCCUACUGUGUUGUACAAGGACUAAAAGUCCUGUCUUGGCCAUAAUUCUUUUUUUAGCAACGAGCGAUGACAACAUAAACCGAUUCCCAAUUUAUUUUUGUGUGGCUGCGUUAGGUUGUUGUAGGAUUAGAACUUUUUAACUUCACUUGGUACAAAGAAUAUAUAUAUAUAUAUAUAUAUAUAUAUAUAUUUAUAUUUGGCAGCAAAACACAAAACGAAAAUAGAUGAGCAAAGACAGGUGGGAACAUGGGAGGAGCAGGAAAGCCAUCGGAGCUCUUCACACAGAUGAGAAAAUGAGAAAAAUAACUAUGUUGCAAGCCAAGUCCUCAUGCUUAGAUAUAAACAUGUGUCUACUAGCUCUAUCGAGUUUGUAUGUUUAUCCAUAUAAUGAUCGUGUGUUUGUGUACUCUUUCUUUUUAAAUAAAAGGUAGUCAGCGGCG